AUCAAACACGAACUCCGAACCCUCGAUCUCGAACCAAAAGACAGUCCGUUCCUGGGUUUACCUCGACGGGAAGUCGAUGAAGCAUGGUCUAACCUCCUCGCACCAAGCAUGGUCGAAAUCUCCAAACGCGAAAUGCAAACCAUGAACAAAACCUCCGUCAAAUUAAAAAAUUCCGAGGGUUAUGUGGGAUAUUUUGAAGUUUUCCAUCAACUGCAUUGUUUGCCUCCACACAUCCAACCACCCUCCUCAUAUCAUACCCUCAUACACCCUCAUCUUAAUCCUAACCUUCGCUCUUCUAUUCCAGAACACUGCCUCUCAGUCCUCCGCCAAGGUCUCAUGUGUAAACCAGACCUUACGUUGAAUACGGUGGUCUGGGACGCCGAAGCUCCGACUGGUUUGCAUGGAUUUACGCGGCAUCAAAGACGUUGUGUGAAUUGGGAGAGU